GUGGUCAAAGAAACUAGCUACCUCCUGCUAAAUUCCGUCAGAGUAGAUUAGCCAAGCUCCCUGCACUUACGCCGAGGGUUCGCUCUGCACUUUAUGUCUUACGACUCACUUGGUAACAUAAACGGCGUAUCUUACAAAUAUUUUUGCUUUUCCACUUGCUAUCGGCGCCGUGACAUGCAAACGUAGCGGCUAGCUAGCUAUCUUGCUAGCUGGAGGCUUGUGCGCGUCCUCCUUGCCCACGGGAGCAUAAAUGUGUGACAAGUUGUGCGACCGUGGCGUAGGUGAACAACACACCAGGGACGAUGCGCAAGGACGUCAGAAUCUUACUGGUUGGCGAACCCAAGGUGGGAAAGACAUCACUCAUCAUGUCUCUGGUCAGCGAGGAAUUCCCAACUGUGGUUCCUUACCGAGCUGAAGAGAUAACUAUUCCUGCAGAUGUCACUCCAGAGAGAGUGCCCACGCAUAUUGUGGACUAUUCAGAUGCUGAGCAGACAGAUGAGCAGUUGUUCCAAGAGAUCUCAAAGGCAAACGUGAUUUGCAUUGUGUACUCGGUCAACAAUAAGACAUCGAUAGAGAAGGUGACCAGCUAUUGGAUCCCCCUCAUUCUUGACAACACGGACAAGGAUAGCAGGGUUCCUCUCAUCCUGGUGGGAAACAAAUCUGACCUGGUGGAGCACAGUAGCAUGGACACCAUCCUGCCAAUUAUGAACCAGUACAGCGAGAUUGAGACCUGUGUCGAGUGCUCCGCAAAGAAUCUGAAGAACAUCUCUGAGCUGUUCUACUAUGCCCAAAAGGCUGUGCUCCAUCCCACGGGGCCUCUUUACUGUCCAGAGAAAAAAGAUAUGAAGCCACUCUGUAUAAAAGCACUGACGCGAAUCUUCAAAGUGUCCGACUUGGACAACGACGGUAUUCUCAACGAUAGUGAGCUCAACUUCUUUCAGAGAACAUGUUUCAACCUGCCAUUGGAGCCGCAAGCCUUGGAGGAUGUGAAAAAUGUCGUGAGGAAAAAUUUGAGUGACGGAGUGUGCGACAAUGGACUCACUCUAAAAGGCUUCCUGUUCCUCCACACGCUUUUUAUCCAGCGCGGGCGCCACGAAACCACGUGGACGGUGCUGAGGACAUUCGGAUAUGACGACGACCUGGAGCUGAAUCAGGACUACCUCUUCCCUCCGCUGAAAGUUCCCCCUAACUGCACCACAGAGCUCAACCACACAGCCUACCUCUUCUUGCAGAGUGUCUUCGACAAACAUGACAAGGAUCGUGACUGUGCCUUGUCGCCGGAGGAGCUGCGGGACCUGUUUGAUGUAUUUCCCUACAUGCCCUGGGGUCCUGACGUCCACAACACGGUGUGCACCAAUGAGCAGGGCUGGAUCACCUACCAGGGUUAUCUCUCACAAUGGACGUUAACAACUUAUCUGGAUGUGCAGCGUUGCCUGGAGUAUCUGGGUUAUCUUGGUUAUUCAAUCAUUGCUGAGCAGGAGUCCCAAGCAACCGGGAUAACAGUGACCAGGGAUAAAAAGAUUGACUUGCAGAAGAAGCAGACACAACGCGGCGUCUUCCGCUGUAACGUCUUUGGAGAUGUUGGCAGCGGGAAGAGUGGCUUUCUCCAAGCCUUUCUGGGGAGGAACCUAAUGCACCAGCAAAUAAUCAAAGAGGAACAUAAAUCCUACUACGCCAUCAGCACGACUUUUGUUUACGGUCAGGAGAAGUAUCUUCUACUUCAUGAAGUGUUCCCCAACUUGGACUAUCUGUCUGACGCCGACCUGGCCUGUGACAUCAUCUGCUUGGUUUAUGACGUCAGCAACCCGUACUCCUUCGACUACUGCGCCAAAGUCUUCAAGCAACACUUUGUGGACUGCAAGAUCCCGUGCAUGAUGAUCGCGGCCAAGUCGGACCUGCCCGAGACCAAACAGUUGUACGGCUGCAGUCCUCUUGAGUUCUGCCGGAAGCAUAAAAUGCCUCCCCCGCAGUCGUUCACCUGCAACACUGCCGGAGCGCCCGACAGAGACAUCUACACCAAACUUAGCACCAUGGCCAUGUACCCCCACGCUCGACUGCGCUGCAUGUGCACUUGUAAUCGCUGCACCUUCUGCUUGUGUCAGAACCUGCUCAACUCCGAGCUGCUGCAGACGGUCAGGGCCAAACUCCACGCUGUGGUUCUCCGCAGACAUAUGAGCCAAGCGGACCUGAAGAGCUCCACCUUCUGGCUUCGAGCUAGCGUUGGCGCCACCAUGUUUGCCGUGUUGGGCUUCGCAAUGUACAGAGUUCUGCUCAAAGCGCGGUGAUGCUUCUCAUUACCUCCCACAAACUCUUCUAUACGUAAAGGAACAAAAGUAUUAAGACAGUCAACUUAAAGGAGACAGAAGAAGAAAAUGCAAUUUUGCAAUGUUUCUGUUUGAAAUGUGUUUCAUUUUGCUUAUUGUACAUGUGUGGAGAAAAAAAAACCCAAUAUAUUUAUUUUGGAGGAAUAUAACAAGCAGCUGCGAAUGGAAGUGUAUUACAAGGGAAUAAGGGUCUGUUUGAUAAAAAAAAAAAAAGCCCCCCCCACACCAGUUUCCUGUUGAGUGAACUUGUCAAGCUGUGUAAGAGAUGCAAUAUUUUAAAUAGUGAUAGUGUACAUACUGUAAAUAACUCUGAGCUUGACACUUAAGCAUUGAUAGUAUUUAUUUUUUGCCUUUUAUGGCCAAUCGAGUGGAUGAGGAAUUUGAACGGUUCAAUUUACAGUCUUGCUGCAAUACACUUGCAUGUUUCAUAUUUUCUGACCACAUUCCAUGCAUAACUUGCCAUCAUUAUGUGCUAUGUAGCUGAAAGUGCAAAAACACCCUGGUGGUCAUUUUGAAAUAUUGAAAGAACUUCCCUGCAGCAGAAGAUACAACCAUGUCAGUCUGUAAUGUACAACUGCCCACAGUGCAAUUGACUGUACAGUGUUUACCAGGCCCCAACUUUUGGAAA